AUGGCACUUGAAGAUGACUCGCAGUUUCGCGAGACGCCCUGGCACGCCCUGGGCAGCACUAGUGAGGUGUUCGAGCGUCUACACACCAACUUAGACGGACUGACUUCAGGAGAAGCCGCGGAACGACUGCAGCGGUUCGGCCCCAAUGCGCUGACGCCCCCCAAGAAACCCAGCUUCCUAGCCAAGCUCUGGGGACAGCUGAACAAUGUCCUCAUCUUCAUCCUGCUGGCAGCUGCGGUGGUGGUGGCUGGCCUCAGAGAGUGGAUCGAGACAGGCCUCAUCAUCGGCGUGGUCGUGAUCAAUGUGAUCAUCGGGCUGGCCCAGGAGGGCAAGGCCGAGAAAGCAGCCGAGGCCAUCAAGGCCAUGCUCUCCUCAACUGCCACCGUGAUCCGUGACGGCGGCAAGCGCUCCAGCGUGGACGCGUCUGAGCUGGUGCCAGGGGACAUCGUCUUUGUGAAGAGCGGCGACAGGCUGCCCGCUGACCUGAGGCUGGUAGAGGUCACCAACCUGCAGGUCCAAGAAGCUAUGCUGACUGGGGAGUCGGUCUCAAUCAGCAAGAACCUCAUCCCCGUGGCGGAGGCCUCUGGACUCGGCGACCGAAAGUGCAUGGCGUUCAGCGCGACCACCGUGUCGGCAGGCCAGGGCCUGGGCGUGGUGGUGGCCACCGGCGACAACGCCCAGAUCGGCCAGAUCAACAAGCUCGUCAGCCAGGUCGAGUCGACCAAGACGAACCUGAUCAUUCAGAUGGAGAUCCUGGGAAGGUGGCUGGCCACGAUCGUGGUGCUCAUCGCGCUCGGCGCGUUCCUGCUGGCCUUCCUGCUUGCAAAAGAGGGCUUCGUGCACGCCUUUGAGAGCGCGGUCGCCAUCGCCGUUGCCAUGAUUCCCGAGGGCCUCCCCGCGUUGGUGACCAUCGUGCUGGCCCUCGGCACCAAGAAGAUGGCCGACCAGAAGGCCAUCAUCCGCCAGCUGCCCUGCGUGGAGACGCUCGGGAGCCUGACGGUCAUCUGCUCAGACAAGACCGGCACGCUCACCAAGAACGAGAUGACCGUGGUGGCCGUCAAGACCGCGGGCGGCCUCUACAAGGUGUCCGGCGUCGGCUACGCACCCCAGGGCAGCUUCUCUCUCGACGGCCGCGAGCUGUCCGCGGACGAGCUGGCCGGCGUGCGGGCCGUGCUGGAGGGCGGCGUCCUCUGCAACGACUCAGCGCUCAGCGAAGAUGGCGGCGCCUUCACGCCCAACGGCGCGCCCACAGAGGUCUCCCUCAUCACGGCCGCCCUCAAGGCGGGCAUCAACCUGGACUCCCUCAAGGCAGCCAAGCCCAGGGUCGGGUCGGUGCCUUUUGAAUCCGAGCACAAGUUCAUGGCGACGGUGCAUGAGUAUGGCGGCCGCCGCGUGCUGCUGGUGAAGGGCGCGCCCGAUCGGCUGCUGCCGAUGUGCAGCGCGCAGCUGCGGGGCGACGGCGCCGCGGAAGUCGAGGGGGCGGGGCUCGAGGGGUCUGCCGCGACGGCGCCGCUGGAAGAGGGGAUGUGGGUGAGGGCGCAGGAGGAGCUGAGCAGCCAGGGCCUGCGCGUGCUGGCGCUGUGCAGAAGCGCCGGAUUCGAGAGAGAGGAGGCCAGGCGGGCCGGCAGCAUAUGA